GUGUGUAGAAUACGGGUCAGAACACGCCAUUAUGUAAUCCAAAAAUGGUAGCUAGGAGCAGUGCACUGAAAGAAAAUCCAAUAGUAACAAAAGUUCUUCUUGAUAACUUAGAGUGUCAUGCCACACUAAGUAACUAAGUAUAGAAUAUGGGAGGUUUGUUUUCUAAAAAAAAGGCUGAUCAUCCAAAGCAACAACCAAACAGGAUAACAGAACAAGAUAAAGCUGUACUGUCACUAAAGCAACAAAGAGAUAAGUUGAAACAAUACCAAAAAAAGAUAAAUCUUAACCUUGAAAAGGAACGACAGGUUGCUAAAAGUUUGCUAAAGGAUGGCAAGAAAGAAAAAGCAAAGCUUCUGCUUAAGAAGAAACACUAUCAAGAGAAUCUUCUGAAGAAAACAGAUGAUUCAUUGGAAGCUAUUGAUAAAUUGAUUCACGAGGUCGAAUUCGCACAAGUCGAAAUGAAAGUUGUCGAAGGCCUAAAACAAGGUAACGAAGCACUGAAGAAACUGCACGAGGUGAUGACAUUGGAAGAUGUUGAGAAAAUAAUGGACGACACAAAAGAAGCUGUUGAGUACCAAAACGAAAUCGAUGCGUUGAUAGGUGGCGGUUUAACAGACGAAGAUGAAGAAGAUAUUCUAGCUGAACUGGAAGAGUUGACGAAGGAUGUGGAGUUACCAUCCGUUCCGGAGCAUGAAUUAACGAACGUUGACGACCAACUUCCAGACGUACCAGUGCAAGAACCAGUUAAAAAAGCAGUGAAAAGAGAAGCUGUUGCAGCGACCUAAUUUUCUUGGAAUAACGUUACAAUUGGUUGGGCAAGUCUUCGUCAUAAAUGCGCUUCAAUUACUGCUUGUAGAAUAUAGUGAAAUGUAGUGUUUUUAAACGCUUUUAUGAAGGUGAACUGUCGGAAAAGCUCUUUGAUAACAAUAUAGCUUCCAUAUUUACAAAAGUUUCGUGAAAUUGAAUUGGCUUUGUUACAUUGUAAAUGCAGUAAUUUAACAACUUGUUUAUUUUGGUAUACUUAGCUUUUUCAAUGAAAUUCUGUAUAUAUAUUCAAUUAAAUAUUUUUUUUAGUUUCAUAA